AUGAACUCGGCUGUUGCCGACACUACUACUGCUGGUCAAUAUGUGGACUAUGACACACAGCACCAUGCAAGCAUUACAGCAGCGUCACUAAAGGAGCGAAAGGCUGCACUGGCAGACAUUGCCAAGGAGGACAACAACGACGUCUCGGCAUCACAGCAGCAGCAGCUGUUGCAACACAUUGACGCCUACUUUGAGACACUGCUCGUCUAUUCAGACUCGUGCUCUGUUCGUUUGGUGGUCGAGUCCAUGUCGGCGGCGUUUGCGCGCGCCCCUGCCGACCUCAAGCCAAUGAUGAUCGAGCACUUCCUGCGCAAGCUGGCCGUCACCGCCAAGCAGAUCAAGCCAGCCCUGCAGCCACGCUACCUGGCUCAGAACACCCUACUCAAAUGGACAAUGACGCUGUUGCAGCAGAGCAAGGAUCACUUUACUGCCACACCCGCAUCCCUUGCCUCCCUGAUCAACAUUCAAUCUUCACUCAUCGUGGAUCUGUCUUCGACUCAAUUGCACUUUGCUCAGUCUACAUUCAAGCAUUACUUUGAACUCGACAGAUCAUUGACCGAAAUCUACAUCAACUACCUCAAGUCUAUUGGAGAGGCAGCUCAAAGCCCAUCGACACUCUACUUCUAUGGAUACCUGUUGGCGACACUCGACUCGAAAGCCAUCGCUGCAUCAAAGGACUUUUAUCUCUCAUAUUACAACAAGGUAGUGCUGUCGUCCACGACACCCAUCGCCAUCGAUCGUCAUCGCUUGUUUGUUCCCCUGUUCAAGCUGAUCGAUCUCAACGACUUCACGACGGUGCUACUGCCCACCAUUGGCAGAUUCAUCAAGAGAGCCCAGGAGGAGAUCGCCACUGUCACUGCAUUGAUUCUCGAGAGCGUUAGUUUCGAUCUCUCGACCUUGACCAAGAGCCACCUCAUCCCAAUGUUGGCGCCCAUCCUCCAAGUGGCCAACAUCAACAAGAAGCUCGUCAAGAGCAGCUUUGCCCUCAUUGUCUCCAAGACCCAAGAUGCCAAGGCUCUUCAAUCAUCCCUUGAUGAGCUGUUCAAGCCACUUUCAACUCCUGGUAACAUAGGUGUCAAACUCAAUGCUCUCUAUGCCCUCAGAUCAAUUGUAAAUAGCAGCAACAACCAAUACAAUACCAACGAGAAGCUGUCCAUUGCCAAGGCUGUCGUCACUCCAGUGACCACCUACCUUGAGAAAGAAAUUACAAAGACAAACAGGAUUAAUGGAUUCAAAUUGGUUGGAAGUUGUUUGCAAUCGAUUGACCUGCUCUCGGACAACCUGAUAAAGUUGAUCACAAACAGUUUGAAGAGUGACGAAGAUGCCACAAAGGCCACGACAAUCCUUGCAUUGGCCAGAGCGUUCACACAGAGCGGCACAGCAGACGACAAGCUGUUUGAGAAGAAGUACACCCAGAUCAACACUUUCAGCGAGUCGAUCAAUGCCAUCCUGAAGAACAUCAAAAACGCCGUCACAUGUGACACUGCGACCACCGCCGCCGCCCUCAAGUACCAGCUGGUGCUGGCCACCAAGGCUCCAGCAUCAAUCGGUGGAAAGCUGCAAUCAGACAAGCAGUUCGCCCUGCUGUUGUUCAGCAACACAUCGUUCGUGCACCAGGCCAACUAUCUGAAUCGCACCAACAAGACAGACGAGGUGGCCGCACUCCUGGCGGACAUUGUUCGUGUCCUGAAACCAAUGAACGCCAAGGCUAACGAGCGCAGCGUUUACGCAUCGCUGGUUCAGCUGCUGCUCCACCCAUCGUGGCACUGUCGCAAGGCUGCCUCGCAGACCAUCCACAAGCUGCACAGCGAACAACCCGAUCUGACCAAUCAGUUGUUUGUCGAGUUUGUCAAGAUCCUCGACAGCCACUCGCAGACCCCAACUGUACUGUCCACGGACGUAUACUCAUCGGCACUCAAGGCCACCCUGUCCAAGACCUUUGACCAGAAGAACUACCCAUCACUGGCCCUGGUCUCCAAUCAUCCAUUCGUUGGUCACUGCUGGAGAGCCUGUCUGACGAUCAUUGGUACGACAUCACGUGAGCUCCUGCAGGCACAACACGAGCAGUUGACACGCAACAUCGUUCAUUACCUGUUCACCCACGGUCUGCACAACAGGAAGCUGCCCAUCUACCAACAAGCAUUCAAGUCGGCCAUGAAGGAGUUCUCUCGUGUCAAGUCAGCUAUGAUUGUGGAGAACAGCAUUGGUCACUUUGCCAAGUCCCUGUCGUCCGUAGCCAUCACCGGCCUGACACCCAUGCAGCUGGCCAUCCACGCCAGCGAGGAGGGCGUGCUCUACCUCGACAAGCAAGUGGUCGACGAAGAGAAGCGUCGCGAGGAGGAGCGCAUUGCCUCAGAGACACGUCGUGGCAAGGCACCCAAGAAGAAGACGGCUGAGGAGGAGAAGGAGGAGGCCCUGCGUCGCAAGCAAGAGGAAAAGAAGAAGAAGGAGAGUGGCGAGCUGGAGCGACAAGAGAAGGAGCGCCAACGCCAGAUCGCCGAGCAGUCGGCCAUCCGUAGCGACAUCAACAUGACCAUCGCCAUCUACCACACAGCACUCGAGACCAUCUCUGAGAUGGCCUUGGCAUCGCCUCUGUUCGCUGGUGAGUAUCUCUCGAUCCUCUACCUGCCCGUGCUCGAGCUCUUCAAGAACAACUACACACACGAGGCUGCAAUGAACACGUACAAGACAUUGACAGUGAUGGCGCCCGCAAGUGCCAAGCUCAGCCUGUACUACGCUACGAUGGUCACAUACCUGAUCAGCAACAUCUAUGCCACGCCCGUGCUGUCAGAUCUUCAGAUCCUGUCCUCGCAGCAAAAGGUGCUGACACACGUCCGCGACAUCACCAAGACUGAGCCGCUGCCCGCCAGCGCGUUCAACUUCUUCUGGCCACUGGUCAAGAACGGCCUGGAGAAGACCGUCUCGUACACCAUGCAGGAGCUGUCGAUGGAGAUCAUCGAGAAGCACACAUCGCAAGGCCAGCCGUUCCCAAGAGGAUCAAUGAUCGCAUCGCUCAUCAUUGUCGUAGCCACAUGCACUCGUCUGGAGACCCAGGCGCGUGCCUCCAUCUUCCAGAUCAUCAGCGGUGUUGAGGAGUCUGACGUUGGUGAGCUCAUGGACGGUCUGAUCUCCCAGCACCAUCAGGUGCGCUUGAUCUGUCUGCAGGCGCUCGAGAAGAUCCCAUCGAUCUUCACGCCAUCCUUCCAAUGGGAGGACAGCUACGUUGGCAAGCUCUGGUUCGCAAGGUCCGACCCCGACGCAACCACAUCGGCACUGGCUGACAAACUCUGGAACUCAAGCAACCAGGCCCCACCCGUCAACCGUUACAUCGAACUGCUCAAGGACUCAACAUACAGCUCGCACGACGAGGUCAGAAAGAUCAAUGCACAAGCACUGAGAGCAGCGGCCGCACUCGACACUGCCACCAUUCGCAGCUACGCCAUCGAUCACCUCAUCCUGACAUUCGAAUCAAACUCAUCAGCCCUGGUCAAGGAGACCAAGGUCACUGCCAACACUCGUCGAUCAGUUGCCACCGCACUGUCUGGCGUGGGCUCAGCCGUGUCUUCGGCAGACGACCUCAAGAUGCUGUUCCAAUGGCUUAUUGAGACUGGUCUCUACGACACCAAACAGGAUGUCGUCCAAGAGCUCAUUCAGACCGGCAUCAUGAUCAUUGGCGUCCAAGGAUCCAAGUUCUCUGGUGAGCUGCUGCAGAUCUUUGAGGAGUUCCUCGGUCGUCCAGACAGCGGAACGGGCGAUGAGGAUAGCAUCAGAGCGUCAGUCUCUGUGCUCAUGGGAGCUCUUGCCAAGCAUAUGGAGGAUGGAAAUCCAAGGAUCAUUAUCAUCCUGGACAAGUUGAUUGCUGCACUCUCCACCCCAUCCGAGGCCGUACAGGUCACCAUCUCCAAGUGUCUCACUCAGCUGAUGGCCCACUCCAAGAAGCAGGGCGAGCGUCUCAUCCCCAUCCUACUUGAGAACAUCAAGUCGGGUGGAGACUACGCCACACGUCGUGGAAAUGCCUUUGGACUUGGUGGUGCCAUCAAGGGUCUGGGAAUCUCAUCCCUCAAGACCUACAACAUCAUGGUCACCCUGACAUCGUACGUCGAGGACAAGAGACAUCCAGCCUCGCGUCAAGGUUCGCUCUUUGCCUUUGAGUGUCUGUGCAAUAUUCUUGGUCGUGUCUUUGAGCCAUACAUCAUCCAGAUCAUCCCCAAGCUGUUGGUAUGCUUUGGAGACAGUGCCGCCGAUGUCAGAACGGCCACUUCCGAGACUGCACGUGCCAUCAUGUCGCAGCUGUCGGGUCACGGUGUCAAGAUUGUGCUUCCCGCACUGCUCAAGGCCAUCGACGAUAGACAAUGGAGAACCAAGGAGGGUUCGAUCGAGCUGCUCGGUGCCAUGGCCUUCUGUGCGCCCAAGCAGCUGUCAUCAUGUCUGCCCACAAUCGUGCCCAAGCUGACCAACGUGCUCAACGACUCGCACAUCAAGGUGCAGCAGGCUGCAAAGGAGUCUCUGUCGCACAUUGGCUCCGUCAUCAGAAACCCUGAGAUCCAGGUGCACGUGCCCCUGAUCCUCAAGACCUACGACGACCCAGACAUCUACUCGCGCGAGUUGCUUGAGAACCUGCUCAGCACAAACUACAUUCACACAAUCGAUCCAGCAUCACUCUCGCUGAUCAUGCCAAUCUUGGAGCGCACCCUCAAGGAGCGCAGCUCAGAGAUCAAGAAGAUGACCUGUCAGAUCGUUGGUAACCUGUGCUCGCUCACUGAGCCCAAGGAGCUGGUGCCAUACCUUGGCGUCUUGGUGCCAGUGCUCCAAAACGUCCUGGUUGAUCCAAUCCCCGAGGUGCGUGCCAUUUGUGCCCGUGCCCUUGGUCUGUUGGUGCGUGGUAUGGGCGAGGAGUACUUUACCAACCUCGUGCCAUGGAUGCUCGAGACACUCAAGUCCGAGCUGGGUCCAGUCGAGAGAAGUGGUGCCGCCCAAGGUUUGUCUGAGGUGCUGGCCGCUCUGGACAUCUCACGAUUCAACACGCUCAUUGGCGAGCUGCUCACUAUGGCCAACAGCACACGUGCUCAUGUUCGUGAGGGUGUCAUGUCGAUGUUCAUCUUCACACCCAUCUCCUUUGGCCAGGCGUUCCUUCCCUACCUGCCCAAGGUGUUGCCUCAGGUGCUGAAGGGUCUUGCCGACGACUCUGAUCCAGUGCGCGAGGUUUGCAUGCGUUGUGGACAGUCCAUCAUCAAUCAAUAUGCCGUGUCUGGUAUCGAGGUCAUCGUGCCAUCGCUAGAGCGUGUGCUGUUCCACGAGAAUUGGAGAAUCAGACUGUCUUGUGUCACACUGUUUGGCGAUCUGAUGUUCAAGCUUGGUGGUGCAGCCAUCAUGGAGCCCACACCCGAGGUGCAAGCCACCUCCCCCACCACCUCUGGCAAGUCUGGCAAGAAGGACAAGGCAUCAAAGCAAGCUGCCGCCGCCGAGGAGGAGGCCGAAGAGGAGGGCGACACCAUCGCUCAAACCAAGAGCGAGAUUUACAACCUUCUUGGCAAGGAGCGUCUGGACCGCAUUCUCUCAUCGUUGUACAUGAUGCGUUUCGACAACAACAUCUCUGUGCGCCAGAAGGUUCUGCUGAUCUGGAAGUACGUCGUCAACAACACACCAAAGACACUGCGCGAGAUCCUUCCAUCGCUGAUCGAGAUGAUCAUCGCAUCGAUUGGCUCGUCCAACAUCGAGAAGCGCCAGGUUGCCGCCAGAACACUUGGAGACGUCGUCUCAAAGCUUGGCGACCGUAUCCUGCCCGAGAUUCUCCCUAUCCUCGAGCGUGGACUCAACUCGGACGAGUUUGAGACCCGUCAAGGUGUCUGCAUUGGUCUUACUGAGGUUAUCUCAUCGGCUCGUACCCAGCUGCAGCCAUUCCUCAGCUCCGUGGUCACAUGUAUCAGCCGCUCGCUCUGCGAUCCACUCAUUGACGUGCGUGAGGCCUCUGCCAAGGCCUUUGACCAGCUCCACCUCACAUUCGGUUCAAAGGCAAGCAACGACAUCUUGCCAUCGCUCAUUCAGAAGCUGGACAGCAGCAACGCCUCACUGGCAAGCAACGCCCUCGAUGGUCUCCGUCAACUGGUGCUCAUCAAGUCGUCCGUUGUCCUGCCCUUCAUCGUGCCCAAGCUCCUGGUCAAGCCCAUCUCCACUUCAAACGCUCAAGCGCUUGCAUCACUCACUCAGGAGUCUGGUGCAGGUCUGCACACUCACCUGGCCACGAUCAUCCCCGCAAUGAUCGAAGCUUUCUCAAGCCCAAGCGCCACCAACGCCAAGGAGGUCAAGACUGCCGCCGUCUCCAUCUGUCGCUCGAUCGAUGAGGAGGGUCUCGAAGUGCUCAUCCCCUUGUUGCUCGAGGAGAUUGAGUUGCCCCACCCCAACAUACGUCUGGGCGCAUGCGAGCUGAUUGGCGAGUUCUGCAGUGGCACCACUUUGGACCUGGAGGAUUACAUCGAUUCAUUGAUCGUUGGCCUUCUCUCAUUGUUUGUCGACCCAGAGCCCAAGGUUCAGGUUGGCGCCAGCCAGGCAUUGUUGGCCAUCACCAAGACCAUCAAGAAGGAGAACCUGCAAUUCAUUUCCUCUGUCCAAAGCGGAGUACAGAAGCUGGCCGCCGAGGUGGACUCGGACACACAGACCGUUCCAGCCUUCUGCAUCCCCAAGGGAUUGGCACCAGUGUUGCCCAUCCUGCUCAACGGUCUCAGAUACGGUACUGCCGACCAAAGAGAACUGGCUACCAACACCUUGCAUCAGGUCAUCACACUCACAUCUCAGGACGGUGUCAAGGCUUCAGCCAUGGAAAUCACUGGUCCACUGAUCCUCACCAUAGGAGAUAAGUUCCCAUGGGGUGUCAAGGCUGCCAUUCUCCAGACUCUGUCGUUGCUCAUCACCAAGUGUCCAGCAUCGAUGAAGAUCUUCUUGCAUCAACUGCAGCCCACCUUUAUCAAGUCAUUGGCCGAUCCCCACAAGGUUGUGCGAAACAAUGCCGCCACGGCACUCGGUCUGCUCAUGACACUCAGUCCCUCGGUGGACCAGCUGGUCAACUCACUGGUCACAGGCAUAGGUUCCACUGACGCCACCUCUCAGGAGGUCAAACUGAAAGCGCUCCACAACAUCUUUGAGAAGAAGCCAAAGAUUGACCAAGCCAACUUGGAGAAGGCACUUGUGCCUGUAGCCGAGUUCCUGUUCACUCAAUCCGAUGAGCUCAGAUUGCCAGCCGCACAGGUCAUUGGAUCGUCAUCUAAGUGCUUCGCCUCGGUCGAUGCUCUCAGCCUGUUCAUCAAGACCCAUCUGCUGUCUCCAUCCGGUUCGGUGAUGGUUCGCUACGGUAAAUCAUUGGCCAUUGGUGAGAUCAUGAAGGUGUCUGGCAAGGAGAUUGUCUCCAGCCAAACCUCGCCAAUUGCCCAAAUCAUCUCGACCUGCCUCGUCGACCUCAAGGACGAGAAGGCACCCAUCCGUGAAUCAUCAUCACUGCUGGCUGACUACAUUCUCCGUGUGCAACCAACAUACGCCAGUGAACUCAUUCCAGGCCUCUGCGCUCUUAUCACUGACCAAGCCACCGCCGUCGCCAUUGGUGCACUGAACAUUAUCAAGCGUUACUGCAAGGCCCAACCAAGCGCCUCCAGACAGUACCUCUCACUGAUUAUCCCGCCCACCAUGGCCAGACUUCGUGAGAGAAGCAGUCUGCCUCUCAAGCUCGCCUCUGAGAGAGCACUUGUACAUUCACUGCAGAUAUUCCAAGAGAGUGUUGUCAUGGACGACUACAUCAAGACCGUCACUGACCAGGCACUGAUCACCGCUCUGGUCGACUACCACAAGAGAGUGUUGAUGAAGCUGAACCCUGACAGUGACACUGAGCAACAAUAA